AUUAUCAUUAUUAUUACUAAUAUAUAUAUAUACAAGGCUCUUACAUUUCAACCUGAUCAUCUUCUAUAUUGCUGAGCUUGCAUUCACAGUUGUUACCUGCUUCACAGGAGAGGGACAUUUUCGGCAUUUUGUAUUUGUUGAGAGGAAGAAGAGUGGUAAUUUGUUUUUUCUCGUAGAGUGUGUUUCCAACAACUUCCAAACACACCAAAUUGGCUAUGGAAGGUGCAUCUUCUCCGACUUGGGAACAAAUUGAACUUUCAGAAAGGUAUCCCCACAGCCGAUAGCCGUGAGACUAAUCUUCCGUUCCAAUGUCAACGCACUCAGCAGUAGUGAACUGGCUACAGAGUUUUCUCCAUUUACCAGAUGUGGGAUCGCACCCCCAAUCUCUUGCUUAAGGGUUGUUCAAAAAUGGUGAAAACCGUAGUGGGAGAAGAAACUCAGCUGAAAUUAACUGAAAAUCGUCUCAGCAAAUCUGGGGUCCCUUGUCAGGUAGGGCUUGUAAUUGGGGAUUUGAGUUUGAAAUUGGAUAGAGGUUUCAUAUACGAUUUAAUCCCAACACCGCCGAACGAGGAAGGUGAGCCAGCCUGUUCCAUAACUGGCAAAGAUGAACGCAAAAGGCCAUCAUCAAAAGGAGGAAAGCCCCACAAUAAUGAUUCCGCAUUGUUUAUUGAUAAAGAUUGGGUUGCUGAACACGCUCGUCAGGUUGGGAGAAUGCUAUUGGGUGGCAUGAAGGUGGUUGGCAUCUACGUGUGGACCAGUGAGAGCUCAUUCAAAAACUCAACCAUCACGCUUUGUCAG